UCGGGUUUUGUUAUGUAGGAUUAUUGUUCUUUUUUUUUUUCAUUUAUCAUUUGCGUGCCAAUAAUAUCGUUUGAAGACUUAUGCAAAUAUAAUUGUUACAAAAUGUUGCAUUGGUAACUUCAGAAUACGCAUAACGUGCAAGAUAUUAAAUUAUUUGAAAAAGAACCUAAAUGUUACAAACAAAAUUCGACACCUAUAAUACUGUAUCUUUAAAUCUGUUACCUUCCCACCUUCCCACGUAGCAAUGGUAGAAAGUAUAUCGGGAAAAGAGUAACCAGUGAAUAUUUUAACAAAUUAUUACUUACAGUUAGGUAUUAUCUACCGGGAUGAGUAAUUUUACCAGAUAACGCUACGUUAAAAAUUUACCAGAGUUCGAGCUUCCGAGCGUAUUUUUAAUUUGAUGUUUGUCACAAUAUUUUGUUGCCUGUCGCUGUACCAUUCGUACGUGUCAAGAAAGUCAGAACGAUACAGUAUUAUGUCAACCGCAAGAACAAUUGCAAUUUCUGUAAAGAUAUCGCAGCACAGACGUAACGACAAUCUUUUUUCCCGAUAUUCUAAGAAAAAGUGUAAGCAAGUGGGGGCGGAAGUAGUUAGUCGAAUUAUGCAGAAGAAAAUGAAACGUGACGAGCAUUGUGAAGUUGUGCCAGUAUGAACAGAUUGAAAUAUGCAGUGGCAAAUCGUUUUAUGGGUGUGACAUUUUUAAUUUUAAUGAUUUAUAUGUGCCCUUUGUUAUAUGGCAAGCGCUGUUGCAAACUGUCUAGAUAAAGGGAUGCCCAGCCUACAUUCGCUCGUCGUACGACGAGCUCCACUAAUGGAUAUGGGUACUGCCACCAGCUCCGUGACAUCUGUAAAUCCGUCUACUAAAAUUGCUACCAAUCAAAAGAAAGCCGACAAGUCGAAUAAACUUAAUGGAGUCAGAUUACCUUUGUUACGAAAGGAAGCAAGCGUUGUAAAUCUUUCAUUGACGGAAAGAACUGUGUUGGGGAAAGGAGUAGAUGCACCUUUACUUAGACCCGAAAGUAGCGCGAGUUUGGAGGCCCGUGGUAGUAGCUGGCUAAGCAUGGGUCCAGGAGUAUUGAGAAAAUGUGAAACAACAGUGGGAUUAAGUACUUCUGCGUUAGAAGGGAGACCCAUAAAUCGCAGUCGUGUGUGCUCUAGAUGUUCCAGUUUGUUAUCAUUGGCAUCUAGUUCACGCUACAGCUUAGCUGCAGGCAAUUUUGUCCCUGCAGGUUCUCAGCAAACGCUUGGACGAAUUUUUUGUAAGAUAUGUCUUGUCGACACUUCUCUUUCCAAAACAUUUAAAAUAGAAGGCUGUGGUUGUUCUUACUGUAAAGAUUGUGUGAAAGAGUAUGUCGAGCAUGAGAUUGAAGAAGGUGCAUAUGAAAUUAGUUGUCCAGAUGCGCAAUGCGAACACGGAGCAAUACUUUCUAUAAAGGAAAUAACAAGUCUAGUUAGUUCUGAACUUAUGGAGAAGCAUCAUAAAUUUCGCUUGAAUAGAGAUGUAUCUAUGGACAAAGCACGUGCUUGGUGUCCACGCGCAGGUUGUGAAACGAUAUGUUCGAUAAAUGCUACCGCAUCAAAUGGGACUGCUAUCGGACCUGUUCAUUGUCCCAAUUGCUCUACAGACUUCUGUUCUAUAUGUCGAGAGUCUUGGCAUAGCGGUCCAUGUUCUGAUCUUUCGUUAGGUAUACCAUUCGAUGGUGACCACAUCAAAUGCUGUCCUAUGUGUUCUGUACCUAUCGAAAAGGAUGAAGGAUGUGCUCAAAUGAUGUGUAAAAGAUGUAAACAUGUUUUUUGUUGGUAUUGUUUAGCUUCUUUAGAUGAUGACUUUUUAUUGCGACAUUAUGACAAAGGACCAUGUAAAAAUAAAUUGGGUCAUUCACGUGCGUCAGUUAUUUGGCACAGAACACAGGUCAUUGGAAUUUUUGCUGGAUUUGGGUUACUCUUGCUUGUUGCAUCACCGUUACUUUUAUUGGCUGCACCUUGUAUCGUUUGCUGUAAAUGCCGUGUAUGUGGUUCAUCUAGACUUGAACAAGAGGAAGGUGAUACUACGACAUAGGAACGUUAAAAGGUUUUCAAUAUUCCUCCAAUUUCUCUUUAGUACGAUGAACAGUUAAAUUACAUUAUUCAGUAUGUGAAUGCCACUGGUGACUUAUAUAGAUAUACAUUGUAUCUAGAGCAUCGCACCACCUAUAUUAUAGGGGAUGUGAAAGAUAAAACAUCUGUGAAUUACACGUAUAAAAUCCUCGUGAUAAAGGGAUUACAUUCUAUUUUAUACUACGUUAGGAUUUUAUUUAUAAUCAAAAGAUAUUUUGAUUAUCGACAAGUUAGUUUCAAGUCUUUGAGUUUACAAUAAAAUAUCUCCACGUAUUUGUACAUAUUUCUAGUGUGAUUAUUUUUAAGUAAAAAAACUUAAAACGUUUACAGAAAGCUACUUAAUACUUAACUGCAUCUUGACAGUUAUAAGUUUAGAUUUUGAGACGUAGUAAUGUCUUUUUUUUACCGAUACUAUUAAUAAUAUUUACAUUUAAACGAGUUUAAUACACCAAAUCAUAAAUACUCAUGAAUUUUGUUCAUAACAUUCCAGAAAAUUACGUUUACAUCGGAUGUACUGCCAUAUUCAGAAUUAUAUCAGCUCUUUUUAUAGAUACGUGAAUUACUUCCCAUAUAUUUGUAAAAUCUUUAACAAUACUCGACACAUCAUACUCGUGUACUUUUAAUAUUCGUUGGUUGUCGUCAAUCUAAAGUAAAGUUUUUGUGAAUAUAAAUAAGCAUAAAUUAAUAAAUGAACAAUGUAUAUCUAUAUGCACGUCUGUUUGAAUUCAGCAUAAUUAAGGUAUUUCAUUAUUGGUAAAUUUGCUAACUAUCGGGUACAUCGCAUAACUUCUUCGUAAUGUAUUAUUUUUCGAGUGCUCCUCUGUUUAUAUUGCAGAAUUAACUACAUGUAUAUUACAUGUACAUUAUUAUAGAUACAUACAUAUAUAUAUAUAUGUAAUUAAGUGGUACGUAAGUUCUACCAUAUUUGUGAAAAAUUUCAAAUUUAGAAUAUCUGUAAAUUCCAUUAUUAAUACGUAUUUAAUAUACUUAAUAUUAUUAACAAUAUACUUGUUACAAAAACGAUUUCUUAGUUUAACCCUUUGCGGAAGAACGUUUUGAAAUACGAGUCUUGAACGGAAUGGGUCGAUUUUGAAAGAGAAACGGUUUAAAGCUAACUUUAUUCGAUGUGUAAAUUUAAUUCAAAUUUAAUAAACUGUUACACGCAAGUACUACCUUUCAUCGAUUUGCUACGAGAAAUUCCUGACGCGUGUCCAAAAAUGGUAGAAGUAUGUUGUCUGAAAUAUACGCACUCUCAAAGGGUUAAAAGAACAUUGCUCUGUAUAUGGUGUAACGCUAUCGAAAUUCAAUUCUUCGACUUCAUAAUAGUUUAGGCCACGAAUAGUAAGAGCACCAUGUUAUAACGAAUAAAGUUAGAUAAUUAUAACAUAUAUGACAGACCACUCAAUUUCUAAUAACAGUUACAUGCUAUACUUGGCAAAGCAUUUCUUUCUAUUUGAGGAAAAAAAAUUCAUAAAUUUACAUUAUUAUCGCGAUGGUAAAAGAUAUUUUUCGUUUUAUAUGUGUAUACGUACGUAUACACACAUGUGAAUAGUUUAUAAAUUAAUAUAUCCAUAGGUAAAUUAAUCGAGAUAUAUGGUCGUCCUUUACAGUACAUUAGUGGACGAGAAAUUAUUUAAAUUACAUGAAACAUGCAAGUCUUUAUUAAGCAUCUGUUAAUCUAUCUUAUUGAUUAUAAUUGGUUGUAAAUAAAGGCACUGGUUUCUGUAUAUAUAUAUAUAUGUACACACAUAUGUCUAUAUAUACAUGCAACUUCGUCCUUAGAUUACACAUACAUGUACAUGUAAAUAUUUGUAUCUGUUGAUGCAACUAUGCACGGGAGUCAUUUCAACUCGUACAUCAUAUGAAAUAAAAAUGUAAUUGAUUACAAGUUAUAAUAGAAGAUAAAUGUAGCAAUUCA